AUGUGGACAUCAUGCCUAGCACUAUCACAACUACUGCAUCUGAAGCUAGCGGCCGCUGGGGAUCCGCUGCACACGCUUUAUGUCCAAGCGGAGCCGUCAGUGCUGUCACGAGACAACGCAUGGUUGCGGCUUAUUUGUGAUAGCCGAGUGCGUGUGGCUCCAAUUGCUUUUAACGGCUUGACAAGUUUGAUUGGCGGAGUUUCGUCUUGCUUUGGAGGCGACUACUUUUACUGGUGGCCAACAGGGAUAGCUCAAGGCGGAGUGCAAACUCGACUGACCGCCUUCCGGAGCGUCCUGGAGUUGUGGUCUCCAGCCGAGCGGGUGCAGGCGGUUGCAGGCUGGGAGCCCUGGCUCUCGAUCGAAGGUGUCUAUGUGCAGAAAUGA